GGAGAUAGAGAGAAUAUCCAACUUCAUCAUAUCAAAUUAAACUUUCAUCCAACAAAAACCAAAUUGGAAACAACAAACUUCCCAAUUCCCAUUUCCAAAUUUCUUUUUCUCCUUCUCUCUUCAAAAUUUCAUCAUUCUUUCAACCAAACAGUACUUGCAAAUCCACGCACUCACCUCCUUUCCUUCCCCCGUUCAAAUUCCUCCAUCAAUUUCCUUUCUUCUACUAACAAACAGACAAGAAUGGCAGAUGAAAUAGUACAAAAUGCUCUCAACAGCUUAGGAAAAGGAUUCGAUCUCACCUCCGAUUUCCGCCUCAAAUACUGUAAAGGCGUACACAGUCUCGUUCUUCUCAACCAAUCUCAGAGACGAGACCUAAUCGUACCUGGUUUCGGCGCCGUCAAAGACGUUUCUGUCGAUAUUAAAUGUGAUCGAGGUGAUCGAACUCGUUACCAGUCCGAUAUUCUCAACUUCAAUCAGAUGUCGGAACUUUUCAAUCGGAAAUGUUCGAUUCCAGGCAAGAUUCCGUCCGGAUCGUUUAAUUCCAUGUUCGGAUUUCAGAGUGGAUGUUGGGCAACGGAUGCUGUGAAUACCAAAUGCUUAGGACUUGAUGGUUAUUUCAUCAGCCUCUUUAACGCUCACAUUGAUCGUUAUCCGCUCCGCCUAUCCGAUGAGGUCCGCUCCGCCGUGCCGUCGACGUGGGAUCCCCCUGCUAUCGCCAGGUUCAUAGAGAAGUAUGGGACUCAUAUAAUAGUUGGGCUGAGCAUUGGAGGACAUGAUGUGGUUCUUGUAAGGCAAGACAAAUCAUCCAAAUUGGAACCAUCAGAGCUCAAAAACCACUUGGAAGAGUUGGGAGAUCAGCUUUUCAAUGGAGCUUGCACUUUUCCUCCACCACUUUCUAAACCUAAAGAUCAUCACAAACCCAAGAUACCACAAGCUUUCAACUUGUUUGAUCCCCAACUUGUGGCUUUUGGCAACUUCUCUUCUGUCAGUGCAAAAGACGGAAUCAUAGUGAUCACUUCAAAAAGAGGAGGAAGUCCAACAGCAAGUAGUCAUUGUGAGUGGCUCCCGACCGUCCACGAAUCACCCGACGCAAUUCAUUUUCAGUUCAUACCGAUCAUCUCUCUUCUCGAAGGCAUUCCGGGCAAAGGAUUUCUGUCUCAUGCCAUUAACCUUUAUCUCCGAUACAAACCUCCUAUAGCAGACUUGCAAUACUUUUUGGACUUUCAAGUGCACAAGAUUUGGGCACCCAUCCAUAAUGAUCUUCCUUUAGGACCAACUCCCAAUAUUUCUACUUCUCCUUCCCUUCAACUCAACUUGAUGGGUCCAAAACUAUAUGUAAAUACAACUCAGGUUAUAGCGGAUAACAAACCAGUUACAGGAAUGAGAUUAUAUCUGGAAGGCAUUAAAUCAAACAGGUUGGCCAUUCACAUCCAACACCUUCUAACUACUCCUCUUCUUCUUGAAAACAACAUCACUCAACAAACUUACUGGCAUUCUUCACAACAUAUUGCGGACGACCGUUACGUCGAGCCACUAAAUCGCAACAAAUUCUCACAUGUAUGUACAGUUCCAAUCAAGUACGACCCCGCUUGGGCUACCACUUCCGGUGAUGACAACUCCCCAGCAGCGUUCAUAGUCACCGGAGCCCAACUCCUCGUUGUAAAACAACACGACUCAAAAACCGUCCUCCAUCUUCGCCUCCUCUAUUCUAAGGUCUCUAACUCGUAUAUCGUCCAAACCAAUUGGGCCCGCCACUCCUCCGACAUCUCCCCGAAGUCUGGUAUCUUCUCAGCGAUCAGCACCUCCUUAACUGGUGCGUCGGCUGCCCUCAAAGAGAAGCCACCCGAGGCUGCUGUGAUAGUGGAUUCGGGAGUUUUUCAUGGUGGGCCUCCGAUGUCGGUACAGGUGCAGAAGCUUGUGAAGUUCGUGGAGUUGUCGGAGAUGCGUAAGGGGCCACAGGACAGUCCGGGGUAUUGGAUGGUCAUUGGAGCUAGGCUGAACUUGGAGAAAGGGAAGAUUUGUUUACAAGUUAAGUUCGGUUUGUUACAUGUACUUUCAGAAACUAUAACUGAUGAUCAAUGAACUUCAAUUCAAAAAACAAGAUCAACAAUAAUAUUGGUAAGUUCUUUCUUA